CUUUUGCCUGCGGAAGAACAGAGCAAAGUGACAAGAAACGGCUGCGGGUUCAAGGAACUUGUCUACCUUGUUCUGAUCUCUUGCCAGUUCCAGCUUGUUGUGCCUGCUGUGAUGGGCAACACGUGCAGCGAGAUCAGCUGUGGGCGUGAUGUGGCAUGGACAGAGACUGAGAACAAGGGGAAGCCCCUGCUGGUCCAUGAGGAGUCACCUCUUAAUAUUCCAGCUAUUGCUGCUGCUCAUGCUGUUAAGAGAUAUGUUGCCCAGGCACCAGAUGAAUUGUCCUUUGAGGUGGGAGACAUCGUGUGCAUUAUUGCUAUGCCACCAAAGGAGCUGACCCCCUGGUGGAGAGGCAAGCAUGGCUUUCAGGUUGGAUUUUUCCCCAGCGAGUGUGUGGAGCUCAUUGGUGAAAAAAUUCCGGAGUCUCUCAUCAAUUCAGUGCCAAAGCCAGUGCCAAAGAAACGCGGCAAGCUGAUCACCUUCCUUCGUUCCUUCGUGAAGGCCCACCCAAAGAAGCUGAAAGAGCAGGAGGUGGAGAAGGAAAGGGUGUUUGGCUGUGACCUGGGAGAGCAUCUUCUCCACUCUGGUCGUGAUGUCCCCCAGGUCCUCCAGAGCUGCGCUGAGUUCAUUGAGCAGCACGGCGUGGUGCAGGGGAUAUACCGGCUGUCCGGCGUCGCAUCCAAUAUCCAGAGACUUCGCCAUGAAUUUGAGUCUGAGCAGAUUCCUGAGCUAACCAUCCGUGACAUUCACAGUGUGAGCUCCCUCUGCAAGAUGUACUUCAGGGAGCUCCCAAACCCUCUGCUGACUAACCAGCUGUAUGACAAGUUCUCGGAUGCUGUUGGUGCCGCUACAGAUGAGGAGCAGCUGAUCAGAAUGCAGGAUGUCAUACAGCAGCUGCCCGCUCCUCACUACAGGACACUGGAGUACUUGAUGAGACACUUGGCUUGUCUGGCUGGGAACUGCUCUAUCACAAACAUGCACGCUAAGAACUUAGCCAUUGUGUGGGCUCCAAACCUCUUAAGAUCACAGCAGAAUGAGUCUGCCUGCACCAGCGGAGGAGCUGCCUGCAUGGAACUGCAGACGCAGUCAGCUGUGGUGGAAUUCAUCAUCAACCACACAGACGUCCUCUUCUGCUCCAAGUCCAGAUCUGACAUUGCAGAUGGAGCAGGGGACAGUUCUCUCUCAGGGCCCAAGUCUGUGUGGGUGUCUUCUCCUGCCACAGAGCUGCUCACCCUGGAGGACGCACAGGCUCAGAGGCGAGGCCACAGCAGCUCUCCCGUCAUGACAGAGAGCAGGGACAUAGAAGUGGAAGAAGGCCCCGCAACUUUGCCAGGAAAAUUCCACACAGUCAUUGACUUUCCAUCUGAAAGACAAAGUCCACCCAGCAAGAUGAAGGAAUCACCAGCUGGAAGCUGGUGUUCCUGCUUCGGCCUGCAGAAACCAUCCUCUGUGGCCAAACACCAACUGCUGCGCAAUGCCAGGGAGCCCUCAGAAACAGAAGUUGUAGUCCUGGCAGGUGAAUCGAGCCCUUGUCAACCCAGAAAAGUCAGAGCAAGUAGCGAUGAUGGGCUGUGUGCUUCCAUCAAUGGAGAGCUCUUAGGAAGCACAAAUCGCUGCGGUUCAGAUGACAGCCUUCCACAUAACAGCGGUGACAGACACAAGGAGCUCAUCCAAGUUCAAGCCCUCAUUUCUCCCAGCUCUGCUGAAGAUGCUGACCUGAGCCUGCCAGAAACAGUCACCAGCCUGGACUGUGACCCAGUGCCUCUGCAGUGCAGCCCAGCCCAAGCACAGUCCGAGCGCCCCGACAGCAGCACCUCCAUGCAGGAGCAAGUCAGCAUCAGUGAGGAGAAGCAGAGCCUAUUGGAGGGGGACUUAGAAUCAGGCCUCCAGUCCCAGGCACUGGGCAGCAGCACUGAAAGCUCUGAGCCACUCUCUCUGUGACCUUUCCAUCCAAGAGAGGAUGAUCCCCAUCUUUACCUGGACCUCUCACGCCCUCCUGUCUUUGACAUAAUAAUAAAAGCACGCUCGUAUUCACUCAACGCCUUGACUGCCUGUGGAGUCUUCAUUCACAGGGAUUGGAAUGAAUGCAACAAACAGCAAGGCACCUCAGCUUGCAAUGUUGCGGCUGUGGAGUGCAUGAAGCAGAGCUCCGGGUUUGUUCCCGUUUUGUCUGGCUUUGGGAUGUCUGCAGCUACUAUCUGGUACGGUAGCAAGUAAUCCCUAGCAUCCUGGAUGCUGCUCAUGAUAAUCCCAAGCUUCCUGGCUGUGGCUUUGUGAUGCUUUUCAGGGUUUUCUGAUGCAUUUUGAUGCCUUGGCUGCUCCCUAACACCUCUCUCCUGCUGCCGUGUCCAUUCCUGGCUCCCAACCUACAAUCUGCCCAUGCAGAUCAUAGAAUCGCAAGGUUGGAAAUGACCUGCAAAGUCACCUAGUCCAGCCAUCCUCCCAUCACCAUUGCUACCACAAGCACUAAGCCAUGUUUUGUUGCUGCUCAUCCAGACAUCUCUUGAACACCACCGGGGACAACAACUCCACCACCUCCCUGGGCAGACAUUCCA